AUGAACUGGCCAAACCGCCUCCCUUCUCCUUCGCGCAUUCCCCAUAAAUACCUUCUUCCUCCCCAUCUCCCCCUCCACCAUCACAAACCAGAGGCACAGACCCGCACCAGGCGCAUUCGCAUACCACCGCAGACAAACCCCAAGAAAUCACUAACCGCGCCUCCCGCCGCCAAAAUGCUGGCCGCCGCCGCCUCCGUGAAGUUCUCCCCGGCGUCCGCCGGUGCCAGUACCACCACCAUGUUGGCCUUCAAGCCUGUCCACCUCCCUGCCCUCCCCAACGCCGUCCCGCGUCCCCUCUCCCUCUCGGCGCGGCCUCUGUACCGCCAGGAGCCGUUCCUGGCGGCGGCCCGCAACGACCGUGCCGCGUCAACGGCGCCCCCUGCAGCCACCGCGGAUGGCGCACGGCCGGUGGAGACGGCGGCCGCGCCGGAGGCCGCGAAGAGCGCCAAGAUCGGGGUCUACUUCGCCACGUGGUGGGCGCUGAACGUGAUCUUCAACAUAUACAAUAAGAAGGUGCUGAAUGCGUUCCCGUACCCGUGGCUCACGUCGACCUUGUCCCUGGCCGCCGGCUCCGCCAUCAUGCUCGUGUCCUGGGCCACCAGGAUCGCCGAGGCGCCCCAGACGGACCUCGAUUUCUGGAAGGCUCUCUCUCCGGUGGCGAUUGCGCACACGAUCGGGCACGUGGCGGCGACGGUGAGCAUGGCGAAGGUGGCCGUGUCGUUCACGCACAUCAUCAAGAGCGCGGAGCCGGCGUUCAGCGUUUUCGUCUCAAGGUUCUUCCUCGGCGAGCACUUCCCGUUGCCGGUCUACUUCUCCCUCCUCCCGAUCAUAGGUGGAUGCGCUCUCGCGGCCGUCACCGAGCUCAAUUUCAACAUGAUUGGAUUCAUGGGGGCGAUGAUCUCCAACCUGGCGUUCGUGUUCCGGAACAUAUUCUCCAAGAAGGGGAUGAAGGGCAAGUCGGUGAGCGGGAUGAACUACUAUGCCUGCCUCUCCAUGCUGUCCCUGGUGAUCCUCCUCCCUUUCGCCUUCGCCAUGGAGGGCCCCAAGGUGUGGGCUGCAGGCUGGCAGAAUGCAGUCGCCGAGAUCGGUCCCAACUUCGUCUGGUGGGUGGCGGCGCAGAGCGUGUUCUACCACCUGUACAACCAGGUGUCGUACAUGUCGCUGGACGAGAUCUCGCCGCUGACAUUCAGCGUGGGCAACACCAUGAAGCGCAUCUCGGUCAUCGUCGCGUCCAUCAUCAUCUUCCGCACGCCGGUGCAGCCCGUCAACGCCCUCGGGGCGGCUAUCGCCAUCCUCGGAACCUUCAUCUACUCCCAGGCAAAGCAGUAA